UUCAGUCUAGCUUUAAACUGAGCCCGUUACAACCUAAAAAUCGUAUGUUGCGUUAAUGAAAAUAGGUCUGUUAAAACGAAUUUGCAUUAAAGCUGGUCCAUUACAAAUAAAUAAAAUCAUAUCAAAAUAAAGAACUAUUAAUACAAGCUAAAGAGUUGUUCCAUAUUUAUUUGUGGUCAUGGUAAAUUCAGUAUAAUGUCUGUUCUGGCAGAAAUAAACUGAUUGGAAUGGAGAGUUCGUAUAACAACUACAGCUGGGCAAUAUAUCAAAGUUAUCCAAACUAUCAGUCAACUGACGCUGAUAUUAUUUUAUUAUUUUGGUUACAUUAAUGUGAUACAGCUUUAAACUGUAUUUUUCAGAUCUGACAGGCUGCAGUACGGUUCAGUUACACCUUCAUCCUUUCAUUUUUCUUACUUUAUUAAACUGUUGCCUCUCAGUGUUAAGGCAUCGCAUCCACAUUUCUAAUUCUUUAAUAAUCUUUAAGCACAAAGCACAAAUAACUGAAGCUGAAACAUCAUAACAUUAUAAACUGCAUAUGAAUAUAAGGAAAUCUGGGCAAAAAAAAAGGUCUCCUCAUUUGAUUCUGCCGAGCUCUGGCAGCAACCAAUCCAACUUUUAAUUAAGCAUUUUGCUCUAACAUGCUUCAUAAACUGAGACACAGCUGUUUUAUUUCUUUAUUAGUUACAACCUUCAGCAUGGCUUGAGAGCUGUUUUAUCUACGUAUACAUCCUGCCGUAGUGUGGGGGGAGUCUGAGCUGGUACUUCCUUUAUGUUCGACAGUUAGUACCGCAUACUAUACCAGUGCACAAAGUUUUACAGCAGCAUAGUACCCGAUCAACACAGUGCAGCAAGUGAAGUGCAGCUACUAGUCUCGGUCCUCUCAAGAUGUCUACUAUUUAUGCCAAACCAGAUUUAACAACGGAGGUGAGAUACAACAGAAAGGUGCAGGAAGAGUGGGAGGAAUGGGGGGUUGUUAUCUACGAGAGUGUAGACGUUAUCAGAGAUGACCACGCUGAUAUUCAGUCACACAAAGGAGGACCGCUCACUGAGAAACAUCCUCCAGCCGUCCAAACGAGGCCUUUCAGGGCUGCUGCUCUCUGUCUAGGAGUGCUGUGCUUUCUGAUGAUAAUAGGAAUCAUCUUCUUAUCCGUACAGUAUAUUUCUGUCACUUUGGAAAAAGACGAGCUGCAGACCAGAUACGACCAACUGAGCUACAACAACAGCCAGCUCCAGGAGAAAGUUUCAGACUUAUCAUUCAACCACAGUCAGUUACAGGAUGAAGUAAAGCAGCUGAAGGGCAAAAUUGAAGUGAAGAGGUGUCCUGAAGGAUGGAGGAGAUUUGGAUGCAGUUGUUACUUUAAAUCUAAUGAGAUAAAACCUUGGGACAAAAGCAGAGAGUACUGUCAGGGGAGAGGAGCAUAUCUGGUGGUCAUAAACAACAAAGAGGAACAGGAGUUUGUCAUUCAGCUGAAUAUAAAUGGAGAGUCCUGGAUUGGUCUACGGGAAAUAAAGGAAAAUUGGAAUCAAGCAAGAUGGAGAUGGGAAUGGGAAUGGGAAUGGGUGGACGGAUCACCGCUGACAGAAAUGUUCUGGGCAUCGGGACUGCCAAGCUAUGACAACUACCAGCACGCUGCAACAUGCUGCAACCAGCAAGGACAAUGGACACAAAGCAGAUAUUAUCAUCAUUAUAAGAACUGGAUCUGUGAGAAAUAUAUUACCUGAACUCUUUGAUGAUGGAGGGAUGUGUAGUGUUGGGGUCAUUUGUUUAGUUGUUUAUUCUUUGUUGCAUGUUAAAUAACCUGGAUUACAUAGAUAUUGUUCCUCUGCCAUAAAGUGCACAAUCUGCU